ACAUGGAAUAGAAUGUUUCCAUAUAUUGAUUUAACUAAUAAUUUAUUUGCUGUUUCAUCUGCCUGUUAAAUAAACAAUUCUGGGUAUUUGUUUUCCUAUUGGUUUGCAGAGUAUCUGUCAGCUUAGCCAUGAACCACUAAGUUCCCGAUUGGAAUUUUGAGCCAGGGCUCUCAAUCUCCAACCACAGAAAACCCAUGGGCCAAGACAAUGAACUGGUGGAGCUAUUAUGGGAAAACGGUCAGGUAGUUUUGAACAGCCAAAAUCACAGAAAACAAGUACAAAAGGAUGAUCAACCAACAUUAAGAGCUGGUAGUUUAUCAUAUGGAGAUUCAAGUAAUCUAGUUCAUGACGAUGGAACAGUGUCAUGGAUCCAAUACCCUAUUGAAGAUUCCUUUGAGAAAGAGUUUUUUUCCAACUUUUUCUCUCAACUCCCUUCAUCUGAUCCAAUGGAAGCUGAUAAUGAUAAUAAUAAGCCCAGCAGGCAACCGGACCACCAUAAAACUGCUGCAAAUUCAAACCAACUCACUGUUAAUUAUUCGAUGCAGAUGCCGCCUCCCAAUUUUCAAUUCGAUUCGGCACAAGAGAAGAAAAAUUCACAAGAUUUAAGCACGAGUAACGGUGGCAAUUCAAUAGGAAGAGAAGUUAAGGAGCGUUCGGGAAUGGCGGUUGGAUCAAGCUAUUGUGGCAGCAACCAAGUUCGUAACGAUAUCUAUCUUAGCCGAGGAUCAAGCAACGGUUUCGGAACUACGGUGACCGGUUUAUCGAUGGAGACAUCGAAAGAAGAUGCUGGAAAAGCGGUUGUUCAAAGCAAGAAAGGAAAAACCGAGACUAUUGAACCCACCGUUACUUGUUCUUCGGGUGGGCCUGGAUUCAUGAGUAGCCAUAAAAGGAAGAGCAGAGAUGGCGAGGACUAUGAGUGCCAAAGUGAGGAUGCUGAACUUCAGUCUGCUGCUGCAAAUAAGCCACCCCAACGAGCCGGUCUUUCUGGCCGGAGUCGAGCAGUCGAGGUUCAUAAUUUAUCCGAGAGGAGACGGAGGGAUAGGAUCAACGAGAAGAUGAGAGCACUGAAAGAGCUAAUACCUCAUUGUAACAAGACAGACAAGGCAUCUAUGUUAGAUGAGGCAAUUGAAUAUCUGAAGUCGCUUCAGUUACAGCUUCAGUUAAUGUGGAUGGGAAAUGGGAUGGCCCCAAUGAUGUUUCCAGGAAUACAACAUUACAUGUCCCGCAUGGGAAUGGGAAUGCCUUCUAUGCACAAUCCUCUGCAGGCUGCAACGGGGCAAACUCAACAGUACCAACAACAGGUGCAAAAUCCGACGUUUUCCGACCAUUAUCCACACUUUCUGGGCUUCCAACGUAUGCAGAAUACCUCCCAGCAUAUGAAUAUGUUUGGAUAUGGUUCCCAAGCGCAAAGUCCAAUGGUAUUAGCUCCUAACACUAAUGUUAUACCAACUACAACCAAUAACACUCCUCCAGGUGGGGUAAGUGAAGGGAAAGCAAAGGGGGUCCAUAACAACUUGCUAGAAGCCGAUACUGUCCAACAUGGGGUACCUUUCGUUUUCAAACAUUAGAUAUGGGUUCAGUGUCCGAUCAUCAAUGAAGAAGUUUAAUGUCAUAUCCCAUAUGCAUAUUAUCAAAUGAGACGGCCACUACCAGACUUAAAUAAUGACUCAACACAAGCAGGCAUUGGAUUGUUCCAUUCAAUUUGCUUCUCAGAUUUGAUUUCAGGAUCAACACAUUACCUCUCUACUGUGCUGCUACUUGGUGGAAUUUUGGCAAAUGGAUUGAGGAGUGUC